AUGUUUCACCGCAGGCCCAACGCUGGCGCAGGCGGCGCGGCGGCCCUCGACGAGCGCAUGCUUGACGCCGCUGAGCAGCGCGCGCAGUGCGUUCGAUUCUGCGCGACGAUGUUUCUCGUUCUCUCCACGCUCUUCAUCAUUCGCGUGCAGCAAGAAAGAUAUGAGCAGAGCGCGAAACACCACUACCGAGUUGCGUACAAGUUUCCGUGGGAGCAGGGAAGUUUUCUGAAAGAGGAGCAUUCGCAGCUGCAGCUGGUGUACCUGCAUCCCGCGUUCCAGAUUCUCCCCUCGUUUGUCGAGUCGCUGGACGAUGUGUCGCUUCUGACGCAGCCGCUAGGGAGACGAGGAGGGGGAAAGGCUGCUGCGUCACCGGGGCGACGCUUUUCUCUAAAAAGCGCGGCACGCGCGAAUGCGACAACCGCCGCGGGGGGCGCCUCGGCAGCUGCCGACUUCUCCGGGGACGACAUCGACUCCCAGUGGCUCACCCGGCACGACCUCGCCACCAACUGGCUCCUGUCGUUCUUCAAGUCGGUUCCGGAGGAUGACGAGCGAGGGCCGGCGGAGGCUCCCGGCGGGGGCCACGCCGCCGCUGCAGAUUCGACCGCCUCUCCCCCGUCGGGGGGCGCGUCUGGGCUCCAGGCCCGGGGCGGACCCGCGUCGGCGGGGGGACCCGACGGCACUGGCGGGGACUCCGACGUUUGGGAGACGCUGAACGCGGAUCCGAGCGCCGGCGGCUCGAUUGUCGGCAUGGUGAUGGACUCGCGUCUGUUUAGGCGCGUACGUCUUCCCGGGUGCAGCAGCACGAGCGCGGCGAUGUUCGCGGAUCACUGCUUCAUCGCGCUGGUGCGCUUUCCUCUGCGGUUUUGCUUUGAUCCCGCAGUGGGUCUCUCGCCGUCCUCUGCGCAGAGCCCCGGCGACGCCUCCUGGACGGCGCCCGGGGCGACGACGGAGACAGGAGACGCGGAUGCGCGCCCGCGAGGAGACCCCAACCUCGCGCUGCCCUUUUUUGACAUUUCAUGGACCUGCGGAGCUCCGCCGGCGGUGGUUGCGGGCGGCGCAGUCGGCGUCGACGCGUCGGCGGGGGAGGAUGAAGAGGCGGAAGGAAGCCCUGCAGCUGCCUCGUCUUCUCCCCACCCUCACCAACAGUACUGCGUACACGUCGUCAGCGGACUCAGCAUGGGUAGCAUUCAGAAAUACGUCCGCCGCGUGUCUGAGAGCGUUCUGGCUCGCUCCCCAGGCAGUGCCGGGCGCGGGGACGACCCGACCGCCUCCGGCGUCGGCGUCUCCGCGUCUACCCGGGCACACGAAAGAACUGGCGACGACGACGGCGACACGACCCGCGACGCCCACGGCCCCGGGCGGGCGAAAGGCCGCAAAGAUAAGAAGGAGCGCGAGGCCGCAGAGGGGGGCGGCGACGAAGCGCAUGCGCGGGCGCUGCGGGACGUGGGGACUGUCGCCUAUUUCUGUGGAAGUCCCAUGUACCAGCUCCUCGCGCUAGACACCGCCAACAGCCGGCUGUUCUUUGCUCAACCCAUCCCGCUGCGCAGGCGCUCGGCGGGCGCAGCUGGGGGCGGCGGCGCCGUGCGGAGACGCCUCGCCCCCGACGCCGAGAGGUACAGGGCGGCGGGAAGUCGCGAGCGCGAGGCAGACCCCGAAGAGGCUGCCACGGAGGAGGCCAGCAGGGCCGCGCCUUCCUCGCCCUCUGAGCGGCGCGAAGGCCGCGAUGACCGGGGUCCGGCGGUGGGAGAGAACGGCGGCAGCUCGCCCAGCUUAUUCUUCUCCCCUCCGCGCGGAGGAGCCAGGACUCCUGUUGGUGAGGAGGGGACACACCCAGAGGCGAGGCUGGUUUUUGCCCAAGAUGCGCUGCCGACUCGCGGCCGCGCGGCGGCCCGCUGGCCUGCAGAGGGAGGCGAGAGGGCCGCCUCAGAAAGCGAAGAGGGGGAGGCAUCGUCGCCGCGCUCGCCGUCGCUGCCGCCGUCUCCGUCCCCUCGCCAUCUAGGGGAGGCGGACGGGGGGCGCGCUGCGAGUCCUGUUUCGUCCGCGCCUCACGACCGCCGAGCGGAGACUCCCCACACGGCGGUCGGGGGGUCUCUCGAGAGACGUGAGCAUGCGCACGCGCCGUCGAUUCGCGGAGGCGCGGCGCCGUUCGCGUCGUCGCAUGCAUUUGCGACGUCGUAUUCGCCAGGCGCGCGGGACGCUUCCUUGUGCAUUGCCUCGGUGUCUCUCGAAGACAACGUCCGCGACGUCACCGAGUGUCGUGAGGUGAGGAAUGAAGUCUCGCUGAAUCUGGAUAGCGGCGCGAGCGCGCGAGAAGACACGAUCGCGCACGAAGCGUGGCGCGGUGUGUGGCUGCACUACGACGUGCGAAACAGCUCCCUCGUCCUCUUCUCGUUCGACCGACAACGCGAACAAGAUCUCGUUCUCACCUCCAUGAACGCGGACACGAUGCAACUCAAGUUCAGCCUCCGCCUUAGGGACUUCCGAUCGGGGUGGUUCCUUUCGUCUGAGGAUUCCUCGAGCGGGAAGAUCCUUCUCAUCGGCGAUAGGCCGCCGUAUCUCGACUCGCUGCAGUCAAUCGAUGUGGAGAGUGGCUACCGCGAGCAUGCAGAUCUUCACCACCCGACGACGCUAUAUGCAGGGGGGCCGCGGUAG